AUGGAUCGGAUCGCACAGAUAAUUCAUCGGCGCAUGUUGGAGCGACAGAGAGCCAAAGAAGCACGGCAAUGGAAACUUCCACCGCCACUGUCUCCUCAGAUUCCUCAGAUUCCAACUCCAGGAGAUAGUCUUCCGACAGAAAAUCAGGGCCGUCCCGCGCUCCUCGACCUUCCAUUCGAAAUUCGACGUAUCAUCCUGCGCCAUCUGCUCAGCAUGGAGGAAGUUCGAACCGUCACUCGGAGACCCAUAGCGGAUUUCUUUCAGCACUCACUGCACGAUGUCAAAUACGAUAUGGAAACAGCCAUUCUGAGAACUUGCAAACAGCUCUCCUGGGAGGGGAAGGUGGUUUUGUGCGAGAACAACUUUGUUGCCGUCCCGAAUUUUCGAUUGAGAGCAGGCCGAGUUCCAAUGUGGAAGUUGCCCCAGUCACUGUCGUCCAAGAUCAAGCCAGUUUUGACCGUCAAAUCCACAGAUUUCCGCGAGAAACUGGGUUCCGACAGCCUAAUUUCAAUCCUCGACUUUCGCCACUACUGCGAUUCGUUGCUGCUGACAGCCGACGUGUACGGUUCCUCUGAGUUCUCAUUCCGGCUGGAGUUGAACCUUGGUCUUGCCCAGAAGCUGUGGGGGUUUCCAGACGAGAGGUCCUUUCUGGAUUACAUGUCGACAUGCAUCAUCUCCAUCGGACCACGCGUGAAGAACGUCCGAAUGGGAGAUUUUGACCUGAGCUGUUCUCGAAACGUCUCUGGCACUCAUCCGCGGCCCCCGGAGCUGACGAACUUGGAGCAGAAAGUGUGGGAUAUAUUACGAGAGGGUCGGUUGCCCACGUCAUCUCAACGCGUACGGGCCGCCUUCAAGGAAGCAGAGAGAUUGUUCGAAAACCAGCACCUGUCUCAGGCCCGAGAGCAAUACCUUCUGGUCAAAGACAUGAUCAUCAGCACACAAGUUGACAGUCUCCCAAGAUAUGUUGACGAUCGCGCAAAGUUUCUCGCUGACGACCCGGCGAUUUCCUGGUGCCUGUUUCGCGUAGCGACCAUAAAAACCGACCUUGAACGCAGAGGAUUCGACUCUACUUGUGACCACACGGAGCUCAUCGAGGCAAGAUCUCUGACUGAGCUUGCAAGGAAGUGGUCCAGCCCAGAACCUCCUCCCUCGGCCGAGUGGCUUGAGUAUUCGGUCAGACUCUGGUUCCGCGAGGCCGAACUGUUCGCGAUGCAGAUACCUCCCCCGUUCGAGAGCGACGUCAUAAAGCGGCUGUGCCAAGUUGUAUUGUUUCUCAUCCCAGCACAUGUGAGAACCAUGUCGAGGAAAGACUGGAUGUCCUGGGUCCACGUGUCUGUGCAUGGCGAUGAUGCGAGUAAUUGGCUGCCCUGGGAUCCCAGCGAGCACAUGUAUGACAGGUUCAACUAUCGCAUUGGCGGCGCCGAAUCGUUGGAAGGCAAGUUUGAUCGUGCACGAGACUUGAUAUCGAGAAAAUAUGGUGAUGAAGCGACGUGGGAGCAUUACAAGGCCAUCUGGCGAGCGUUGAUACUCUCACGAAUAUGA